AAAAAAAAAAUUGUAUCAAGACCGAUAAGAACGUACUGUAAUAGUGCUACGUGCGCUUAACGGCGUGAUGGGACGAUCACGAGGUCGCGAGAGCCUCGGACCAAACGCUCUGACUCACAGAGGCGGCGGGAUGAUCUUUUCUAUGCCUGCGCUUUAACUACUGUACAUACUUGAACUCCCUUCCCACCUAUUUUUAGUGUUGGCCCUUGCCACAAUGUCACGCGUAACUCGACGCCAUCUGUUAAGUCAGAGCUUGUUGAAUGUCACUUGACAGAGGCAGGGGCGUCGCGAUCACCUUCCUGUCCGCUCUCCCCAGCCCAGCGGCCUCAUGGACUCUGAGGGACAAGCCAGACUGUCCCGGGCCUGUCGCCUCCUUUUGCCGGGCCCGGACAUGGAUGAGGACGACGGCGAGGUGGUGAUCAGCAUCAGGCCCAAGUCCUCUCCUCUGCCGCGGCGAAGGAGCUCGCUCUCCGACGACGACUCGGAGCCCGAGCUGCCGCCUUGUGCCUCCAGGAGGGUGUCCUUUGCCGACGCCAAGGGUCUAAGUUUGGUGCAAGUCAAGGAGUUUGAUUUGUGGGAUGUGCCCAACCCGCCGGGAAUGGAGUGCCUGGAUGACGAGGGACUGUCUACAGAGGAAUACUGCCUGUCUCCGCUGACUUUCCAAUUGCCGUUGUCUCCGGAGGAUCUGCUGGUUAGGGUCCAGGAGCAGAAAAUAGAGUUGGAGUCCCUGGAGUUGAUCCCGGGAACCAGCACGCUAAAGGGGCUGAUCUGUGUCCUCAACAUGUCCUUCCACAAAGCCGUCUACGUGCGGACCACUUUGGACUGCUGGGCCAGCCACUUUGAUCUCCUGACCGAGUACAUCCCCGAAUCCGGAAACGCUCACACGGACCGCUUCUCCUUUAAGCUCACCUUAGUGCCACCCUUCCGAGAGCAGGGGUCCCGAGUUGACUUUUGUCUGCGUUACGAGACGCCCGUGGGAACCUUCUGGGCCAACAAUAACCACCGGAACUACAUCCUCUUCUGCCACCAACGAGCAAAGGAGCCGAGGGAGAAGCCCCAGACGCAAACUGCGCAGAAGAAAAGCUGCCUCAAAACUCUGAGGUACGACGGGGCACUCUAACAGCGCACCGCAA